UUAAUUGUCUCUCUUUUCUAAUGGCAAAUGAUACGAAUGCAUAAUUGAUGGACAAAUACAUAAAUGGGGAAAGAAAUGUCGAUUAUAUUUCUCAAUAAAAUUUUUAAAUUAUGGAUUGAGAUACGUGAUCGAAAUCACCAGAACCUCUUUUAAUAAUUUGAAAUACUCUUUAUAUUCAUUUUUUAUUACAUUUAAUUGCGUCACCAUAUCAUUUAUGCAUGCUAAUUCUUUCUUAAUGAUAUAUGUAAUAUUAAUCUAAAAACACGAAUAUUUUCAUUCAUUUUUGUUUAAAGAAAAAUUUAGUUCCUGAUUCGAAAUUUUAUCUUAAAUCUAUUUUGGUAUUUUAUCUUUCAUAUAUGGUCGAGGAAUUAUCUAUAGUAAAGAAUUUUCAGAUCUCAUUGUAUCUUGUUACUCAGGGGUUUACCGACGUUUUCGCGAUGAGCCACGGCGAAGGUUAAGGUGUUUACAGAGUGAAAUUAUUUUGAUGUAUAAACAAAGAGGUUAAUUUAUUAAAAAAAAUUACAAUAUAUAAAAUGUCUUCCUCCGAUUUAAAGAAUUGGCCAAUUUUUAGUUUAUUAGAACCUAAAUUCAUUGCCAGUAUUCAAAUGGCCGUAGUAUAUGGUAAUUUAGGUAAUGAAGCUUUAAUUGUAACAAAGGAUGGUAUGGUAUAUGGUUUAGGGUGCAACAUUACUGGUUGUCUUGGAACAGGAGAUGCACAUAGUACUCUUCAUCCUAAAAAAGUAGAAGCCCUUUGUGAAAAGGGUGUAAAAACUUUUGCGUAUGGCAGUGGUCCUCAUGUAUUAGCACUUACAAAUAAAGGAGAGGUGUAUUCUUGGGGACAUAAUGGCUUCUGUGAAUUGGGUAAUGGAUCAUCAAAUCAUGGAUUGGCUCCAACUCAUGUAGGAAUGCCUUUGAGCGAAAAAGUUGUGAUAGACAUUGCUUGUGGAAGUCAUCAUUCUCUUGCUCUUACGGAUGAAGGAGAGGUUUAUGCAUGGGGACAAAACAAUUGUGGACAAGUAGGUAGUGGCAUCAGUUCUAAUCAAAGUGCACCACGAAAAAUUAAUUCCGCUUUAACUGGUAAAAAAGUUGUGUCUAUCACUUGUGGACAGACUUAUAGUAUGGCAGUUACAAAUAGCGGUGAAAUUUAUGGCUGGGGUCAUAAUGGGGUUGGGCAAUUAGGAAAUGGAAGCUAUACCAAUCAAUUGAAUCCAUGUAAAGUUACAGGUUUAGUAGGAAUAGUUAUAGAAAAAGUUGCCUGCGGUUAUGCACAUACACUAGCAUUAAGUGACGAAGGUGUUCUUUAUGUUUGGGGAAGUAAUAGUUAUGGUCAAUUAGGCCUUGGUAAUAAAACAAAUGCUUGUGUUCCUAUGAAGUUAUCUGUACCAGAAAUGGGACGAGUAUCUGAUAUUGCAGCAUUGCAUUAUAAUCAUAUAAGUGUUGCAAUUGGAGAAGGACAUAGAGUAUUCAUGUGGGGUCAAUGUCGUGGACAAAGCAUUACUGUACCAACACCUACCCCAUUAGCACAUUUGCAUGAUGCUUUGGCCUGUUAUGCAUCUCCAAGCGUAAUGCAUCGCCCACUAUUUCUUUAUGCAGCAGAAGAGAUGAGUAUUGUGGAUUGUUUGAGACAGGCGUUUGAUGAUUCUACAACAAGUGACUUGACGAUACAAGUGCAGGGUAAACCUAUCCAUGUUCAUAAGGCUGUGUUAAAAAUACGAUGUCAGUAUUUUAGGACGAUGUUUCAAGAAUGUUGGACAGAAAAUAAUCAGAGCGUUAUUCAACAUGAUCAGUUUUCUCAUGACGUUUAUAAGUCAUUUUUGAAAUAUCUGUAUACAGAUGAAGUUGAUCUUCCUCCUGAAAAUGCAUUAGAAUUAUUAGACUUAGCAAAUGUAUAUUGUGAAACGCAAUUGAAAAGACGAUGUGUUCAAAUAAUUAAACAGGGAAUCACUGUUUUAAAUGUGGCUUUUUUAUAUAGCACAGCGAUCGAAUACAAUGCUCAAGAGUUAGAAGAGUUUUGCUUUAAAUUUGCUUUAAAUCAUAUGACUGCUGUAAUACAGACGCCUAAUUUUGCUAAAUUGGACGAAACGACAGUGAAAACAUUUAUAAUUAAAGCUGCUCAAGCAGGAGCUUUUAAAACAUGAAUUUUGUGAUAUGAAUGAUCUUGUCAUUAAAGUAGUAUAAGAUUCAGUAUAACACGUUGACAUAAGGCAAUGAUCCUUGCAAUAGCCUUUUUUAUACGAAAGCAGGGAAUCGUAAUCAGACCAAAUGAUUAUUUAAAAAAAAAAAUGUGAUCCGCUUAUUUUAUUAAUUAAAACUAUGGUAAGAAAAAUGCAUAAUUCGAUGAAUGAUAGUCGGAAAUGAUUAACGACCUUUAACAAAUUUUUUUUAAUCUUGAAAACUGUGAUUGGUAAUAAUGUGUCCAUUAGUGAAAUUUUUGUGGUUGCCAUUAAUUAGUAUUGCAUUUAUGAAAUGCAAAACUAUUAUAUUUUAUAUAUAUAUAUAUAUAUAUAUUAGAAUAAUAUAUAUAUAUAACUAUUAUAUAUAUAUAUAUAUAUAUAUAUAUAUAUAUAUAUAUAUAUAUAUAUAUUAGAAGACUACUAUAUAAACAUAUAUACUUUUACACACAUAUAUAUAUAUAUCAUAUAUCAUAUUAUAUAUCAUCAUAUAUAUACAUACGUAUAUAUAUAUAAUAUAUGAUAUAUGAUUAAGUUAUGUAUAUGUAUUUUUGUAUGAUAUUCUUCCUUGAGAAUGAUAAAUAUCGAUCAAUUUUAAUUACAAUAGAUUUAUUCGGUAUCUAGCAUUUAAAAUUUAUAAUUAAAAAUAUAAAUAAAUAUGCCUUUGCGAUUUUAAUUCUUUAAUUUUCAUCUUUGAAAGUAUAUAAUAGUACGUUAAAAAAAAAAGAAGUAAGAAUAAAUAAUCAGACUGUUAGAGUUAAGGUAGAUAGAUAGUUAAAUAUUUGUAUAAUUUAACUUAAUAUCGUUAUUAAAAUAUAUUCUUUUUGUUUCUUUCUUUUUUAAUUUAUAUAGAACUAUAUACGACGAUAAUUAAUUUUAGAUGACGUUAUUACAAAAAUAAUAUCAAUUAAAUCUUUUAAAUAAUCGAUAAUAGUCAGGUAAAAUUAAAGUUUGAUUACACAAUGUGAUAGCGUUAUACACACUCAUUGUAAUUUAUUCGAAUUAUGUAAAAUCCCUUGAAUGUGAUUUAUGUAAUUAAUGAUUUAGUUGAGUAUUAAUUAUAUAAUAAUUUUGUUUGCUCAGAUUUUUUAUAGAAGACCGAGGAAUCAUAUUAAUUUGAUCAUUCCGAUUGUGAUGCAUUUACAAUAGGUUUAUAUGAAAGCACGUUUAAAUAAGUAACAAACACUCGAAUUAUAUAAAUUGUAGCGCAACACACUAAUGUGAUUUAUCAAUUCGUUUAUCGAUUACACAUACUGAAUUUUUUUAUUUUAUAUCUUUUUCCUAUAUGUCCUAAGAAUAAAUAUUUUUAAUGAAA